CCCUCUUGCCGACAGCAGCCGACGCUGCCCCUUGAAUGCAAAUUCCGCUUUUCGCUCGCUGUUUCCCCGAUUUCCGCUAUCGUGCGCAGACGCGCCUUCCUCGUCUCCAACAACCCCGCUGCUGGCCCUUUCCUCUUGCUGCUCUGUGCUUGGUGACAAGAGCAUGUCUGCCGACUGAUCAGAGCCCUGACCGAGCACUACAUGUAGAUUGAUCGUCUGAGUCGAUCAGGAUGAGCUGGUUUGUGAAGGCGCCGCCUCUGGCGCCAUGCCGGCCCAUUCCCCUGGUGGGAGCGGGUCGGUCGUCGCGCCUGCUAGGGCUUCCAGUUACAGUGUUCCAGGCCCAAACAUUCCCCUCGAGCACACGUAUUCCAAAGCACCGACGGGAGGUCGGUCUUCUGUCCGAACGGACGAUUCUAAGACGCUUUGCAUCUACGACCUCCGUUCCAUCUGUGGUGGUACCAUACAAGUCGCUCACAGUUGGUAUUCCACGCGAGACCUUUCCAAACGAGCGCCGGGUUGCCAUUACUCCGCAAAAUGUGGCAUUACUGCUCAAGAAAGGGUUUUCGCGAGUUCUCGUGGAGUGCGGUGCCGGAGAAGGCGCCCAAUUCACCGAUGAAGCGUAUAGAAAGGCCGGCGCAGUAAUGGUUGAGAAAGACGCCGUGUGGGCCCAGAGUGAUAUUCUGCUCAAAGUCAGAGCUCCCAGCGUAGAAGGUCCCUCAAAUGAAGUACAGUCUAUGCGUGAGGGUGCAACUGUCAUUUCGUUUCUUUAUCCUGCUCAGAACAAGCCUGUUGUCGAAGCUCUAGCUACUCGCGGCAUUACUGCAUUCGCAAUGGACAAAGUACCUCGUAUUUCUCGAGCUCAGGUGUUUGAUGCAUUGAGCUCUAUGGCUAAUAUCGCUGGUUAUAAAGCCGUCCUGGAAGCUUCCAACGAAUUCGGUCGUUUUUUGACUGGUCAAGUGACGGCCGCCGGUAAAGUGCUUAUAAUUGGAGCUGGUGUUGCCGGAUUAAGUGCAAUUGCCGCGGCCCGCCGAAACGGUGCGAUAGUACGCGCUUUCGAUACGCGGCCUGCUGCUCGUGAGCAGGUUCAGUCCCUCGGUGCCGAGUUUAUCGAAGUCGAUCUAGAAGAAGAUGGCUCUGGCCAGGGUGGCUACGCUAAAGAGAUGUCCAAAGAAUUCAUUGAGGCCGAGAUGAAACUCUUCAUGGAUCAGUGUCGUGAGGUCGACAUCGUCAUUACUACAGCACUUAUCCCCGGCAAGCCUGCCCCAAAACUAAUCACCAAGGAGAUGGUACGGGCAAUGAAGCCUGGUUCGGUAGUUGUUGAUCUCGCUGCUGAAGCUGGGGGUAAUUGCGAAGCCACUGUUCCCGGAAAGUUAACCGUCUACGAUGGGGUCAAGGUUAUCGGUUACACCGAUCUACCGUCUCGCCUUCCUACUCAAUCGUCUACUCUGUACUCAAACAACAUCACUAAAUUCUUGCUUUCGCUCGCAGACAAAAACAAUGGUUUCACAGUAGAUUUGAACGAUGAAGUAACUCGCGGUGCGAUUGUUAGCUUCAAUGGAGAUAUACUACCUCCGCCGCCGCCUCCAACUCCACCGCCAACUCCGACUACUGCAGCAGCGCAGACUCCUACGAAGAAUGCAGAGGCUGUUGCGUUGACGCCGUGGCAAAAGGCAACACGUGAAGUUACCACAAUUACAGCUGGAAUGGGAUCAGCUCUAGCCCUUGGAAAAUUAACCGGUCCCGUUUUUAUGGGCAAUAUGUUUACCUUUGGCUUGGCUGGGUUGGUAGGUUACCGGGCAGUAUGGGGAGUUGUCCCAGCUCUACACUCCCCUCUUAUGAGUGUAACAAAUGCCAUCUCGGGUAUGGUCGGUAUUGGUGGACUGUUCGUCAUGGGUGGGGGUUAUGUUCCUACCACCAUUCCGGAGGCUUUAGGAGCAGUCUCUGUUUUGCUUGCAUUUGUAAACGUUUCCGGAGGAUUCGUUAUCACAAAGCGCAUGUUAGAUAUGUUCAAACGUGUUCUUUUUGGUGGAGGCUACAUUGCUGCUGCCGCUACUGGUAUGGCCGGGCUUGUACAAGCUGGAUAUUUAGUCAGCAGCGUACUCUGCAUCAGCUCAAUAUCAGGUCUCGCGUCUCAGCUAACAGCAAGACGGGGAAAUAUACUUGGCAUUCUCGGUGUCGCCUCGGGAUUCUUGGCUUCGUUGCUUGCAGUUGGAUUCACGCCGGAAACUUUGGCUCAGUUCGGUGUUGUGGCUGGUAUUGGCGGUGUCCUAGGUGCCAUUAUUGGGAGACGUAUUACUCCCACUGGGUUACCACAGACAGUGGCUGCAUUGCAUUCAGUUGUCGGCCUAGCAGCAGUUCUUACCAGUAUUGGUAGUGUCAUGGCAGACGUCGCCCACAUCUCAACUCUACACAUGGUGACUGCAUACCUCGGUGUCCUUAUUGGUGGUGUUACCUUCACUGGGUCUAUUGUCGCAUUCCUCAAAUUGGCUGGCCGUAUGAAAUCAACGCCUACUAUUCUUCCUGGUAGACAUGUCAUCAAUACCUCGCUUUUAGGAGCAAAUGUUGCGACAAUGGGAGCAUUUAUUACAAUGGCACCCGGAGCGCCUGUAAUUGCUGCGGCAUGUCUAGGGGCAAACACGGUUCUUAGCUUUUUGAAGGGGUUUACAACUACAGCUGCAAUUGGCGGGGCUGAUAUGCCUGUCGUGAUCACUGUCCUGAAUGCUUACUCUGGGUUUGCAUUGGUCGCCGAAGGCCUGAUGCUUGACAAUCCACUGUUGACUACAGUAGGUUCGUUGAUUGGAGUAAGCGGGUCGAUUCUAUCCUAUAUCAUGUGCGUUGCCAUGAACCGGUCUAUCACAAAUGUACUUUUCGGUGGCAUUGCACAGACACAGGCAAACAAGAAAAUUGAAGGCGAGGUCACCACAACAGCCAUCGAAGAAACUGUAGACGCCCUUACAAACGCAGAGAACGUUAUCAUAGUUGUGGGCUAUGGCAUGGCAGUUGCCAAGGCACAGUAUGCCAUAUCUGAGAUCACCAAGAUGUUACGGGCCAAAGGGGUCAACGUACGUUUUGCAAUUCAUCCCGUUGCAGGCCGUAUGCCUGGACAAUGCAAUGUUCUUCUUGCAGAAGCAUCAGUUCCAUAUGACAUUGUUCUUGAAAUGGACGAAAUAAACGACGAUUUUAACGACACUGAUGUCACUCUAGUGAUCGGAGCUAACGACACUGUCAAUCCGAUUGCCUUGGAACCCGAUUCUUCCAUUUCGGGGAUGCCGGUGCUACAUGCAUGGAAGAGCAAGGAGGUUAUCGUCAUGAAACGCGGCAUGUCGAGUGGAUACGCAGAUGUGCCGAAUCCAAUGUUCUAUAUGCCAAACACAAAGAUGCUCUUUGGAGACGCUAAGAGCUCAUGUGAUGCGAUUAAGGCUGCGCUCGAAGCACGGAGAUAAGUGGAGAAUGAAUGGGUAUACGUAUUGUGCAGAUUCAUUAUAUAUCAUUAUUGUAUACACCGGUACAUAUUAGCGAAAUGGCCCCGUUGUGACAGACCUGGCAGUUAAGGUGGCAUCUUUAAGUCUACGCUGAUCAAUUGACGCAAUAUUUUCUCAAUGGCAUGGAUAGCAUGCUGAUUAAACACUGUAUCAUUGAUACAUAUGUAUCAAUUGAUCACACCAUUAACUCCUUCCAACGCGAUGAUACAAUUGGCCCCAAUGCAUUAACGAAAUGCACCGAGCAGUGCGUGCAUAACCACAAGGCCAGCUGGCCACAGUUAAACGAAGCCACACAAACAUUUACGCAUGACAUCAACCCGCAAACAAAUUCAUGGAAGCAGACAAACCCUACUUCCUCAUAUAUCAGCUUUUUCAUCUCUUCUCUUAGCGUAUGUUAUAACCGUCAAUUUGCACUCUGACUGGCUAGCCGAUCAUUAAUGACUCGGCACUAUGCAGA